AUGCGGCUUCAAGUAGCCUCCCUGUUCUUGGCAUCUGUGGUCCGGCUGGCAUGCGCGGUAAUUGCAGAUGAGGCCUACCAGAUUGACUACCACCAUGCUCUUCUAGGCACUCCCCAAGCUCACACUACCUUUUUCCACAGACCAAGCUCCUCAUCCGGUGCGUCCCUCCUUUAUUCGCUUUCCGAAAAAUCAAUUCUUGGGGCAGUGAACCCUAAAGAUGGAUCGAUUGUAUGGCGGCAGAAUCUGACCGAAUACUCCGCGGGAGCUGGCCUACUUCGGGCUGUAGACGGAGAGGAUGCGGUUAUCAGUGCUUUGGGAAGCGAUGUUUCGGCAUGGGGCGCAUCGGAUGGGAAGCUUUUAUGGACUAAACGGUUUAACGAUGACGCUUCAGUUACUAGCUUAGAGCUCACCAAAUCCCAUGGUGCAGACCUGCAAGCUGUGCGGGAUCCCCAUUGUGUUAUUUGGGGAUCAAACCCGCGUUGUGAGAAGGUUGGACGCGACAACCUCCCUUUCCGGGUAUCUAUCACCUCAACAGCAGUGUAUUACGUUUCCUUACAGCCUGCCUCUCGAAAAGGCUACAAAAUAAGUGUUGUGGAAUUAGAUAUACAACUUGGACGUGUGACUAAUCAGUACACCCUCCAUUCCGAAAACGAGCUUGCUUCCCCCAACCCGACAAUAUUUGUGAGCAGUAAUGCAGCCUCUUCGUUUAUCGCCUGGUUGGAUCAAGAAUUCAAAAUCUUAAAAGUCAAUCUACUUGGAUCUAAGUCCAUCCACACUUUCGACGUUGAAAAUCACAGCGGGGAAACUGUGCAGGAUGUCAAGAUCCAUACUUCACACUCUGUGCCACAUUUCGUUGUCUAUUACAACACUGCGACAAAAUCUUGGGCCGAUGUGUUUCAUAGCAACGUUAAGUCUGGAUGGGUUUCCAAGGCUUUCCAACUCCCUGUUCUUGAUUCGAAAUCUGCAUCUGCGUCGAAUACCGCGAAUAACCAACUAUACUUUGCUCGUAUAACGAGAUCUACUGUCGAUUUAUUUUCGUCGACUGCGGAGAAUAUUCUUGGAACAUGGAAGAUAAAAGGCAACUCCGGGGAGCUAGAACAUGCGGUAUUGGAAGUCGUUGCUAGAGGGUCUGGUUUCGCUCUUCGUUUUGCCCAAGUUGAUGACAGUGGAGACUGGGCUCUGAUUCGCAACGGUGAGCUCGAAUGGCGUAGACCUGAAUCAUUGUCCGAUGCAAUCGUCGCUGCUUGGGCGGAGGUAAACGGUGGUGAAGCCCUAGCGCAUGAAUUGGAGUUUGAGGGCCAUCAGGAUGCGUUGUCAGCCUACAUCCACCGUGUCAAACGACACGCCAAAGCGCUGCAAGACAACUUGUUCCCGUGGCUUCAGGAACUUCCCACUAAAGCCUUAUCGAGCUUUUCGGCAAGCGACGGCACCGAAUUGACCCAGUUUGGAUUUGGAAAGCUAGUGGUUGUUGCUACUCGCAAAGGUCGCAUUCUGGCUCUAGACAGUGCCCGUCAAGGUGCUGUACUAUGGAAUGUCAAGGCUGCUGAGGGUGCUGGAACAUGGGGAGCAAAUGCCAUAUCCGCCCACCAAAACGUUGCUACCAUCUUCGUAAAGGAUGGAAGCACGGUCAAAGUGAACAUCACAUCAGGCGAUAUCAUCGAAAGGUCCCAGCCGACGGAAAAAUAUUCGUCCAUGGCUUUCAUUUCAGAUGCCGCAUCGCCGAUCCCAGUUCCAAUCGACGCCGACGGAACUCCACUGAAUUCGCAUUUGCGAAUUGAAGGCGAUAAGUUUCUCGUGACACUCAGUAAGGACGGAAAGCUCAUGUCUUGGAACACCGCCAGUCUCGAAGCCCCCGCAUGGGAGUUUGUUCCGCCAAAGAACCAAAAAAUCAUCCACGCGACUGCGAGGCCGACGCACGAUCCUGUUGCAUCGAUCGGCAAAGUCUUGGGAGACCGAUCCGUUCUGUACAAAUAUCUAAACCCUAACAUCGCGUUGGUAUCAGCAGUUGCUGGUUCCACUCUUACCCUGUAUCUGCUGGACGGUACUUCCGGCCGUAUAUUGCAUACAGCAACCCAAGGCGGCGUUGAUAUUACCCAGCCAAUAGCUUCUGUUAUUUCUGAAAAUUGGUUUGCAUAUUCUUUCUGGGGGGACGUAACAGAUACAUCCGAUGCUAAAGGCUACCGCCUUGUUAUAUCCGAACUGUACGAGUCGCCGAUUCCGAACGAUCGUGGUUUAUUGGGGAAUGCAGCCAACUACUCGAAUAUUCACAGUAGCAUUGGUCUUCCUCGACCUCAUGUCAUUUCACAAGCUUAUAUGAUCCCGGAGGCCAUCUCCAACAUGGCAGUCACCGAAACCCGCCAGGGAAUCACGAUCAGGCAAUUGCUCUGUACCCUUCCCGACUCCAAUGCUAUUGUCGGCAUACCACGUUUUGUGCUUGAUCCACGCCGCCCCGUUAACCGUGACCCCACCUCCCAAGAAGUCGAGGAGGGUCUGGCGAGAUAUACUCCUUUCCUCGGUUUUGAUCCUCAAUGGUAUCUUAACCACGCUCGCGAAGUUAUGGGCAUUAAUCGUAUUGAAUCUAGUCCAACAUUGUUAGAAAGUUCGACCCUAAUUUUUGCGUACGGAUUUGAUGUUUUUGGCACGAGAUUGGCCCCGAGUCAACCCUUUGACCUCUUGGGUAAAGGAUUCUCGAGAAUUCAGCUACUUCUUACUGUCGUCGCGUUGGCAGUCGGGGUGGCUAUAUUGGGACCUAUGGUUCGGAGGAAGCAAGUAAAUUUACAGUGGAAGGCAUAG